AUGAAGGUCGCCUACAUCACCCCUUUCGUGGCCUUGGCGGCCGCAGCCUGCGUGAGGAAACCAGAUGUGGGCCUUUGGGACGUGAAAACGGGGGAAAUCUUUAUCGAUGCCUUGUAUGCACUGAAGCUCAGGGAUUAUGACGAAAUCGAGCGACUCAACCCGGGGAUAGAUGUCAACAAAAUCAAGCCGUCACAGUACACCAUCCCGUACGUGGGUGACGUGGAUUGGCCGGCGACCUGGGUCACCUCAUCCUGCACGCCUACCCUGAUACUUGACGGGCGAGCUGUUUCUGCUACGCCUACGGCCGACCUGGAUCCCACGUCUACGGUGUCUGACAUAGCAUCCUCCCUUUUAAGCAUAGGGACCGCCCAGAUCAAGAGCCCCGAAGCCACCCCGCCCCCUACCCACACACCAACGCAGGAAACGACCUCUCCAACCGACACUCAUACCAGCGUGAGCGUGGACGAAAGCCCCUCUGCGACGCAUACGGGUCAGACGAUAAGUACCGCGCUCCGUUCUCCAGUCUCAUCUCCAUCGAAAGCCACGCCGACUAUUCUACGUUCGACGUUCACGACCUACAGUACGCCACCAGCAGAUGCCUUCACUACGGUCUUGCCGACCGGGGGGGCCGAACUGCGCGAGGAUAGUGAGUACUCGCUUCAGUUCUGCCGCAAAGAUGGCGUCUACUUUACCCUGGAGGACACACAUAAGCAGAAUGCGAAGGACUUCUGCGAACAGUAUAGCAAACACAAGAUGAAGGAAGAGUCGGACAGCAUCACGUCUCUGUACGAAGGUGACAACGAUGAAAUCUACCAGUACUCCGUCUUCUGGAUCAAGGGAUGCACAUUUCAUCAACAGCAAGACUUUACCGGCUGUUACGAUCUACUGUAUGACAAUUUCAAAGACUGCAACAACGGUGGCAAGGGCGGCACCAAGCGCAAAGGCUGUCUUUGGUUCGAAUACCGCCCGAACUGGAUGGAAGAUAUUUGA